AUGACACUUGAUUUAAAUUCGAAGAUUGUUAUAGUUGGUGGUGGUACUUUUGGUUUAAGUACAGCACUUUGGUUGAAACGUCAACAUUAUCAAAACGUUACUGUGGUUGAUGCUUAUGAAAUACCAUCAAAGAUAUCAGCUGCUAAUGACAUCAACAAGAUUAUACAAUCUUCAUACACUGAUAGAUUCAAUGACUCUCUAGCUAAAGAAGCCUUACAAUUGUGGAAGGAAGAUGAUGUUUUCAAAGAACAUUUCCAUGAUGUUGGAAUUGUUUAUUGUUCAGUUGAAAAAAGUUCAUAUGAAGAAUUGAUUAAUCUUAAUGAAAGAAGAAUCAAUUCUGGAAGAAACCCAAUGGAUGAAAUCACUUCUCCAGCUGAUUUUAGAAAAAUAAUUCCAUCAUUAGAAGGUACAUUACCAAAUUGGAAAGGCUUCUAUCAAAAAGAUGAUUGUGGUUGGGCACAUGCUAAAAAUGCAUUGAUAUCAACAGCUAAAGAGUUUUUAGCAUUAGGGGGUAAAGUUAUUAUAGGUGAAGUUGAAACUAUUUUAAAACAAAAUGGAUUAGUUAUUGGGUGUCAAACUAAACAAGGUCAAAAGAUAGAUUCAAAUAAAUUAAUUAUUUCUGCUGGUGCUUCAUCAAUUAAAUUUUUCAAUUUUGAAGAUCAAAUGCUUGCCAAAUGCUGGACUUUGGCUCAUAUAAAACUAAAUGAUAAAGAGGUUGAGGACUUGAAAAAUACACCAGUUCUUUUGAAUUAUGAUUUGGGGUUUUUUUUCGAAGCAGAUGCAAAUAAUGAAGUGAAAAUUUGUAAUGAAUUCCCAGGUUAUACAAAUUACCAAGAUGGUAAAAGUAAUGCUGAAUCUUCAAUUCCAAUUUCCAAAGAUUCUAUCCCAUUAGAGGCAGAGGUUGCUAUACGUGAUUUAUUGAAACAAACUUUACCAAAACUUGCUACUAAAAAAUUUGUUAAAUCUAGAAUUUGUUGGUGUACUGAUACACCAAAUAGAUUUUUUUUAAUUGAUGAACAUCCUGAUUAUAAUGGAAGUUUAGUUGUUGCAACUGGUGAUUCAGGACAUGGUUUUAAAUUCAUGCCAAUCGUGGGUAAAUAUAUUUCAGAAUUAGUUGUAAAGGGGAGAAACCAUGUUAAUCGUGAUUUUUUCAAUCAUUGGAAAUGGAGACCUGAAACUACAAAAGAUAGAACUGAUGAUAGACAUGGAAGCACAAACACUGCUAGUGAUUUGAAAUAUAUUAAAUCAUGGAUUUAA